AUGUACGAGAGACAACGCUGCGAAUUUCGUGUGAUUUUGCAGAAGCGUGCGCGACGCCUUCAAGAACGAAAAGUUGAUACUCUUCAAAGAAAUAAAGAAUUGUUUCAGAAACAUAUCACAAAUCUGGAAGAGUUGGCCAGAAAUCUUGGUUGCUCAGACGAAUCCAUCAGGGACUGCAAACCUCGUUUUGUGUAUCAUUCGAAGGAGCAAACCCAAAAUGCCUUGAAAUCAAUUGCCGCCUUGACGACUGGUUUUAUGGGCGGACUUGUUGGGGCUCCGUUUGUCCAGAAGGAGUCCAUAACUCGGUUCACUGCCAACAGCCUCCCUUCGCACAAUGCCAAUCAGGUCUCACAAUCAUCCUUAGCCGCAGGCGACACCUGCUCCUCUGGUGCUUAUGACUCCUUGAAUAGCUGCAAGGGGAUGCUGACAUCGCUCACUCACGAAGAUGCCGCUUCCAGCCCGGGCAGCCUAAAUUCCCUCCCCACUUCAAAUCGGAAGGAAUUAAUGAUGCGCAGCCAGGCCGAAAAUCUGGUCCGCAACGUACUGUUGCAUCAACUUAGCAACGCAAUUGAGGAGAGCGAGGCGGCCAUUUACCACCAGCAUGGCUUCUCACCGAGACGCAAGAAUAGCGGACCGGAGCGACCCCAAAGAAGCCUCCUCAAAGAUCUUUUCGGCGGUGCCUAUCGCAAGCGGGUUUCCUUUGAAGGACGGAAGGAAAGGGGGAAAAGCUUAGAUCUUGGAUUCGCACCAUUAAACAGCCGCCGUCGACAAACCCUUGGUCCAUUGAACAAGCUUAACAUCCACCUUUCUCGCCGAGGUCUCGCAAACCAACUUUACCAGAAGCAUAAUCAGGUGACCAACGCGGCCUUUGACACUGACGAGUCCGAAUCCGCCUCUAUCCGCUUCAGCCUACCAUGUCAACGCGUUUUAACGCUAUCAGAAGAGGGUGGAACCCAAUCCACAGAUAGCUCCCAGCCUCCUCUUCCCACAACUCCCAUCCUCCAGAUCAACGAAGUCGAUCCUCACAACAAAAAUGCGGACGAUAGUGAUGAGGACAAUUGCGGAGACAUAGGUGAUAAUGAAAGUGUGGAAGGAAACAGUAGUAAUGGUAGGGGUUUUGACGCGUAUGCCGAAGGGAAAACAAAAAUUAAACGCCGAAGAAGGAGGAAACGAACUUCCGAAGCCAUUUGCUUUUGUCGAUCCUUCGAAGGUCUCCCGGGGAAGGCGGCGUCUGUCAACGGUAUGCAUGGAUUGACACGCAGAAACUCCUACUGCCACAUGCAGCUGAUGCCGCCAGACAAACAACAGCUCCUCCUACCUGAGAGAAAGGCACGUAGCGAAAAUGGCAGCCAACUUACCAUUGUGCGAACUUCCAGCGAACGGAGGUUCUAUGUCAGCCCAGUGGGUAGUAUUUUUGAAGUUAUUUAA